GCAAUUGCGUGUUGUUACUGUGAAUGCAAAAUGACCAGAAAAGAUUCGAUUGGUCCGUUAAAACAAGUCCCGCCUUCUCCUUAAAAACCUUCUCAUGUCCCACAGUGAAGAAGUUCCAUCACAAGAGAAGCUACAAUGAUUAACUGGAAGGCUUUGGACAACGUCCCCAUCCUCCUUUACAUCCUUGCCCUGAAGACACUGUUGUUGUGUUUGGCGUUUGCUGGGGUCAAGAUCUACCAAAGUAAGAAAGCAGAGCAGGCCCUGAAGAAGCAGCAAGCUGAGAAGAGGAGGUUAGCCCAGCAGACACAGGAGCUCAUUGACAACUUAAAGGAAGAUUGAUCAGAGGAGAGAAGCUGCUCUACACAGGCUGCUUCUGUCACAUAUGAGCCAGAUGUGUCAACAACAGGAGGACCUGCUGUGCUUCAGGAUGGAAUUUUGUGGUUGCAGUAUUGUGAUCAUUUGCAACAUAACCUUUUUAUAUGCCGUGAAAAUAUUUGGUUGCACCAUGAUCUUGUAAAAUGGAGUCCCGGAAUAAGGCUUUUCACCAUGAACUUGCCAAACAUUUUCUGUACUACAAAUUUCAGUUUGUGCUCUUCCAUUCAAGGACACUGUCUAAAACGUUCUUAUUUAUAUGAGUAGAGGAUGGCUUUUCUUCUGUGAUAUUCCUGUAAAUUAUAAUAAACAGUUCUGUGCCUACA